UUGUGCGCUUCCCCCCUCCUUCCCGUGAACUCCAGCCCCUCGCGCUCUCUGUAUCAGCCUCUCAUUCCGUCUCAAUAUGUCUCAAGAUGGCGGCCAAUGCGGGAUCGAUGUUUCAAUAUUGGAAGCGCUUUGAUUUACAGCAGCUUCAGAGAGAACUCGACACCACCGCCACAGUACUGGCCAAUCGGCAGGAUGAGAGCGAGCAGUCCAGGAAGAGUCUCAUCGACCAGAGCCGCGAGUUCAAGAAGAACACACCCGAGGAUCUGCGCAAGCAGGUUGCUCCUUUACUCAAGAGCUUCCAAGCAGAGAUUGAUGCCUUAAGCAAAAGAAGCAAAGAAGCCGAAGCCGCCUUCCUUAAUGUCUACAAGAGAUUAAUCGAUGUCCCAGACCCCGUGCCGGUGCUGGAGGUGGCUCAGCAGCUGCAGGUGAAGGUGCAGAGGAUGCACGACAUCGAGACAGAGAACCAGAAGCUGCGUGAGACACUGGAGGAGUACAACAAGGAGUUCGCCGAGGUCAAGAACCAGGAGGUCACAAUCAAAACCCUGAAGGAGAAGAUUCGGGAGUACGAGCAGUCCCUGAAGAGCCAGGCGGAGAACCUGGCCCAGGAGAAGCAGCAGCAGCUUCACAAUGACUAUGCAGAGAAGGCACGAAAGCUACAGGAGAGCAAGGAUUCCAUGGCCUCCAAACUGGACGAAGCCGACCACAAGGCCCAGUCUCUACAAACAGCACUUGAAGCUACUCAGGCAGAGCUUUUCGAUCUCAAGACCAAGUAUGACGAAGAGUCGACAGCGAAAGCGGAUGAGAUUGAGAUGGUGAUGACCGAUCUGGAGAGAGCCAAUCAGAGGGCGGACGCGGCCGAGCGGGAGGCGGAGUCUCUGCGGGAUCAGCUGACAUCAGCAAACAAAUCCCUGCAGAUGGCCACUCAGAUCCAGAAGGCCCCCGACAUGGAGCAGACUGUGGAGGUGCUGUCGCGCUCCAGCCUGGAGGCGGAGCUUAGUGCUAAAGAGCGGGAGAUCGUGCAGCUGGUGGAGGACGUGCAGAGACUGCAGGCCAGCCUGAGCAAGCUGAGAGAGAACUCAGCCAAUCAGAUCACUCAGCUGGAGCAGCAGCUCAACUCAAAGAACUCCACCCUCAAGGAGCUGGAGGAGAAGCUGCAGGAGCAGGCAGACUAUGAGGAGGUGAAGAAGGAGCUGAACAUUCUGAAGUCCAUGGAGUCGGCACCGUCAGAUGGCUCCACCGUACAGGACUCCUCCAAGCCCCUGGAGGUGCUGCUCCUGGAGAAGAACCGCAGCCUGCAGUCUGAGAACGCCUCCCUGCGCAUCGCCAACAGCGAGCUGAGCGGGGCAGCCGGGCGGGAAGGGAAAGAGGCCCCCGCAGAGAGCCAACACCGCGCCACGCCCCUCACUGCCACGCCCCGCUCUGCCACGCCCCUCUCUGCCACGCCCCCUCCCCCCUCCUCCUCUUCCUCCUCCUCCUCCUCUCAGCUCCUCCUGCGGGCGGGGCAGGGGGCGGGGCCUAACAGCACCGGCCCCUCUGACCCCGCCUCUGGCUCCAACGGCACGCGCCCGUUCUCGCCCACGGGCAUCGGGCAGGACUUUUACAGCCCCGGCCUGAGCGGGGCGGGCGCCGCCUUCCCCCUGGCGGGCAAAAUGGCCCUGAACUCGCUCCUCCACCGGCAGCUACUGCACACCUUCUACUCCAAAGCCCUGCAGGACUCCCCCCCCGCGGGCUCCCUGCUCUUCCCCCCCGCACACUACCCCCCCAGCCCCCACGGGCCGCAGCAGCCGGCCCCCAGCCCCGAGGCCAACGGCGCGGCGGCCUCCCCCAGCGCCUCGGAGGGGGCGGGCAGCGCCUCGGACGGCGAGGACAUGGACACGGCCGAGAUCGCGCGGCAGGUGAAGGAGCAGCUGAUCAAGCACAACAUCGGCCAGCGCGUCUUCGGCCACUACGUGCUCGGCCUAUCACAGGGCUCCGUCAGCGAGAUCCUGGCCCGGCCCAAGCCCUGGACCAAGCUCACUGUCCGCGGGAAGGAGCCCUUCCACAAGAUGCGCCACUUCCUGUCCGACGAGCAGAACAUCCUGGCGCUGCGCAGCAUCCAGGGCCGGCAGAGAGAGAGCCCCGGCCACGCCCUCAACAGGGCCGCUCAGGAGGGCCCCAAACGGAGGAGCGGCUCGGACAGCUCCUCGCGGCCAGGUAACAUCACCACUAGAAUCCGUACGCCUGAGAGCGGCUCGGACGAGGCCAUCAAGUCCAUCCUGGAGCAGGCCAAGAGGGAGCUGCAGGUGCAGAAAGCAGCGGAGGCCUCUCAGGCCCCUCCCUCCUCCAGCGGGACGGGUGGGGGCGGAAGUUCGGACGAGGCGAUCCGCUCGAUCCUGGAGCAGGCGAGGCGGGAGAUGGAGGCCCAGCAGGCGGCUCUGGAGCCCGUCCUGAAGGCCUCCUCUCUGCUAAGCCCCGCCCCCUUGGGAGGCUCCGCCUACUCGCCGCUGGCGCUCUCCCUGAGGCGGCCGCCGCCCUCCUCGCCCUCCCGCCUCCUGGACUUCCGCUCCUCCGCCCUGAAGAAGGGGCGCGCGGACUACCCCGCCCUCGACGGGCCCCCCCGGCCGGCGUCCCGGGGGGGCGGGCCCUGGAGGGAGCCGUGGUGGAGCAGCGUGCACGCCGCCGACCGCCGCGGCACCCUCACGCCAUUGGCUGACGAGUCCCCCAGCCAGGAGGACACCAAGGAGGUACUGUCUCAGGGCAGUGUGUGUGACGUGCUCUCCAGGCCCAGGCCGUGGGGAAAGCUGUCUCAGAAGGCCAGAGAGCCCUACAUCCGCACCCAGCUCUGGCUCAACGGGGACCUGGGUCAGACCGCACAGCCUCUGCAGAGUGCCAACACAGAGGGGACCCCCAAAACCUCGGGCAGCUGCAGCCCCGCCCCGGAGUCCCCCCUGAGCUCGGCCGAGGAGUCCGUGAAGAGCCCGGGGGACCAGACGGCCCCGCCCAGCGACGCCUCCGAAUCGCAGCCCCCCACGCCCCUGCCCCCCACCCUCCCGGGCCACCCCGGCCUCAGCGUGCAGGAGAUGGUCGCCAUGUCGCCCGAGCUCGACACUUACGUCAUCACCAAGAAGGUGAAGGAGGUGCUGACCGACAACAACCUGGGGCAGCGGCUGUUUGGGGAGAGCAUCCUGGGCCUGACGCAGGGCUCGGUGUCGGACCUGCUGGCCCGGCCCAAGCCCUGGCACAAGCUGAGCCUGAAGGGGAGGGAGCCCUUCGUCCGCAUGCAGCUCUGGCUCAAUGACCCGCGCAACGUGGACAAGCUCAUGGACAUGAAGCGCAUGGAGAAGAAAGCGUAUAUGAAGCGUCGGCACAGCUCGGUGAGCGAGAGCCAGCCGGCGGACGGCGGUGUGGGGGGGGCGGAGCCCGGCCUGACGGGCAGCCCCCAGCAGCAUCUGAAGAAGGCGCGCGUGGUCCUGGCCCCGGAGGAGAAGGAGGCCCUCAAACGCGCCUACCUGCAGAAGCCCUACCCCUCCCCCAAAACCAUCGAGGAGCUGGCCAGCCAGCUCCACCUCAAAACCAGCACCGUCAUCAACUGGUUCCACAACUACAGGUCCCGGAUCCGGCGGGAGCUGUUCAUAGAGGAGAUCCAGGCCGGGAUGGGCGGGGCUGCAGGAGAGGGCGCCUCCCCCUCCGCUCGCCUCAGCCGCGUUGCCGACGGCGACAGCUGCGACGGCACCGAAUCGGACAGCACGGUGGAGGGGCGGGGCAGCAGGGGGGUGGUGCCCGAGGAGUACGGGGGCGGAGCCUCGGAGGGCGAGGGUGGGGACCAGAGGGAGGCGAAGGAGGAAGGGGGCGCGGGGACGCAGGACGCGGCUACCUCAGCUCCCAGCAUGCCGUGCGCGGGCAGCAGCCACGCCGGUCCCGCGGGGGGGAGCUUGUUCAGCUUCCCCGAGGCUCGCACCCCCCGGGACAGCAGCCUGCGCAAGAAGAAAGCCGCCAACCUCAACAACAUCAUCCACCGCCUGGAGAAGGCCGCCAGCCGCGACGAGCCCUCCGAGUGGGAGUUCUGACAGCGCCCCCUGGGGGCCGGGAGGACCCCGAGUCUCAGCCCUGACUGCUAACGCUGGGAGCUCACGCCUUGACUUUACCUGAGAGAGAGAGGGGGAGAGAGAGAGAUCAGGUGGAUGGGGGGAGGCCUGGGAGAAGAGGAAAAGACAUUUAAAGGCGCACUUGAGUCUGUUUUUACUGAGAAAAGCACUUAAAGGCCCUGCUGGCCACAGGGUUUCAUGCAGCACCUGCCAGGGGUGGCGAGACGAUGCCUGAGAUUAAUCCGCACACGGUGAUCGUCUCUUCCGCCUGGGGGAAAACCGUCUCAAACAGAAGCAAUUAUUUUAUCACACUUUUUAUUCCUCGUUUUGGUCUGUCCUUCGUCACCUCAAAACUUUUUCUAAAGCAUCGUCUCAGCGAAGUUUUUCACACUGUUGAGCUGUUUCAGCCAUUUUCUUUUUAUCGUGUUUUGUUCUGUGUCCAUGCACGUUUUUCCCUGCUGAAUUACUGUCUGAAGUCCUGGGUGUUUCUCCAGGACGCGGGGUGAACAGAGGAGGUCAUAAACCGCGUACCUGAGCGCGUGCAGAAGGAGUUAGCUGGGCGUGCAGGAGCACCCUGGCCCUGUCCCUGUUCGCAUACUGCCAUCUAAUGGUGGACAAGCGCCACUACACCCUGAACAACUUUGCGGGGAAAUCAGUUUUUUUCUUAAUUCCAAGGAAGAAAAAAAAAAUGCAUUUUUAUAGCAAUUUGGUUGCCAAUAAGAGAUUGCACAGUCUACUGACUCUAAACGCUUCUCAAGUUUGGAUUCCUAGACCCGUACGGAGGGAAAUUUACAAAAAAGUUAUAAAUUAUGAAACAAACAGUUACUGUUUUAAAAAGAAACGAUCACUUCAGUGCACAAUUUUUAAUUUUAUUUUAAGAAAAGGUCAUGUCAGGAAAUGAGGAGUUUGUGGUGGGUGAUUUAGUGUUGACUCGUUAGAGCUCUAGGUGUCUUUGUACCGCUCGUUUAUAUCACAGCUUUAGCGGAUUUGGGCAGAUGUUCAGACCUCAGAUCGUUCUGUUUAACACCAUGUGUAGGCCUCAGAGCAUCAUAUCUAAAAGGCUUCCUUUUCUGGCCAAAAAUUGGGAGGAGGAAGGAGGAGAAAGUAACAGAUAGAAAUCUGUGUGGAUAUUUUUAUGUAAAAAGAGAAGCCUGCUUUUUAAUAACCUUUUAUCUACACAAAAAACACAAUGUUGUGAGAGACCUCAAACGGGCAGGCAGUGUGGCACGCGCUCUGCGUGACGCUCAGCGACACCGUGCUCAGAAAUGCAUUUGAAUUUAAAUUUGCAUCUGUGGAAGGCAGGAGCUGCACAUCUCACUGUAGGCCCUGAACUCCCCCAGUGAAGCUUGGGAACACACAUCUGGAGCAUGAUAGCCAUUGAUGCUCAAUUUGUGUACAAGUGUGUGUAUGUGCAUAUAUACACACGUGCACACACACACUCACUCACUUACACACACACACUCACACACACACACACACACACUCACUCACACACACACACACAUACACAGCCAGAUAAAGUAUGGUAUAUGUGCUCACUGAUACAUUUCUACGUGUAUGUUAUUAGCCUUCGGGCUGUGCACGUCACACAUGCAGGUAACAUCCUGCUCUGUUACCUUGCGUCACCUCAUCCUCAAAGUUUACAUGAGAUAUGUCCACGGAGCGGGAGAUGUGUGUGUGUGCGUGUGUACGGAGGGGGAGAUGUG